AUGGCAGGCCCAGAAUCCAUCAAUCAAAGACAUGCGACCGAGGCCAUGCAGACUCCCUCAGAAUCACACAAUGACUACUCGAUCUUCUCUGACAGAAUGCGUUUAUACUUGACUUACCUCCUCGGUCUUGUCAUGGUCCUGUCAACAAUCUCAGCUACUAUUUACUUCCCACUGAUUCCAAUGCUCAGCCGGGAAUUUGCAUCCUCUAUUCAGGAGAUCAACCUCACAGUCACUGUGUACGCUGUAUGUCAGGCAAUCGCGCCGGCAUUGUUUGCUCCACUCGCCGACUUUCAUGGCCGCCGGCCAGUGCUACUGUUUCUCGUAGCCCUUUAUGCUUGCGCCAGCUUGGGCCUUGCACUGAACAAGGGCAAUUACGCGACGCUGGCUGUGCUUAGAGCCCUCCAGAGUGUCGGCGCCUCGCCCACAAUCACCAUCGCAUAUGGGGUGGUGGCAGAUGUUGCGGUCGUUGCCGAGCGUGGCUCGAUGCUUGGCCCUGCGCUGGGUACUUGUAAUGGCAUCUCAGCCCUUGGUCCCGUUAUAGGCGGUGCUAUGGCUCUAGGUACGAGCGGUUCCAAGUGGGUUUUCUUGGCCCUCUUAAUAUAUUCGGUCGUGUGCUUUUUGAUCGUGGGUGUCUCGCUUCCGGAGACGGCCCGUUCUGUAGCCGGCAACGGGUCCAAACCUGUCGGUGGCGUCUGGAGGCCGUGGAAGUCUUACUUGGUUUCCCCCAAAUCCCGCAACAGCGACAACGAUAGGCAGGCCGGCCCAGGCUCCCAAAGUCAGGACGUCAGUGCUUCUCGCACGACUCGGGAAAGGAACCUCGAGCUGGGAGGCAAGCGGCGACUGUUGCGGGGCCCGCUGGACGCUAUUCACAUUAUACUCCACGCGGAUUCCGCUCUGGUUUUGUGGGUUAUUGCUUCGUCGUACACGGUCUACUACAUCUUCCAGGUGGCCGUUCCUGUCGUCUUUUCAGACAUAUACGACUACAACGAACUGGAAAUAGGUCUAUCCAUGCUUCCUGGAUUGACUGGCAUGACCAUCGGCGGCAUGAUUGCGGGCAAGCUCAUCGACCGCAACUUUGCAGUGACUGCCCGGGCCCACAACGCGGUCAUCGAGCGCAACAGGCUGACGAGUCUGGACGAGUUCCCUAUCGAGGAGGCGAGGUACCGACACAUUUUGCCCGUGGUCGCCCUACAAGCUGCACUAGUGGCUGGGUAUGGUUGGGCUGUGCAGUACAGAGCACAUGUAGCGAUAGCCAUGGUCCUUCAGUUUGCUGCGUGUUGCUGCUCGACCAUGAUGAGCCACACGGCGAGCACGCUGCUGGUCGACAUGUUUCCAGAGCAGUCAAGCACCGCGUAUGCAUCCGGUCAGAUGGUGCGCUGCGGCCUCAGCGCUGCUGCAGCUGCUAUCAUUGACCCGGCGAGCCGCACCUUGGGUCGGGGAUGGUUCUUCACAAUUGUUUCCCUGUUCAUCGGCAUUACCGGAGCUGGAUGUGUGAUCUUGAGUAGAGUCAAGGGCAUGCUGUGGCGACAGCGGAGAACUGGUUAUGCGUAG